GUGCCCGUUCGGGUUUAGCGCCUUCCUGCGCGUAGUGGUCACCUUGCGUGUUUCUAUUUAGUCCCCUUCAUCGCCGCUCCAACUUCUCUGCUUUUGGCCCUUCUACUCUUCCUUUCUAUUAGGGUGUUGUAUAAAUAAUCCAAGAUACGCCACCGUUUAUGCCAACCACCCUACUGAGGCUCUGACGAGACACCCUACCCAAAACUCAGGCAACCCCUACUGUCCUGUCGUCAGCUCGUGCCCCUCAUCCUAAUCAUUAACAAGCCUCCCCCUUUUUCACUCCCAUAAUAUUCAAACUACACGGGAUAUACCCAGUUACACUGUCAGGAUGUACAGGACGUGUUUUCUAGUGUUUUUAACUUUCUCAACCUUUUUUUCUAUCUCUCUGUUCGCUCUCACUACUACCUUUCCUUUCAAUAGACAUGUCCCGUUGGUUCACCACAGCGCCAAAAGUCGUGACAGGUUGGGAGCUGUUGCAUCACUGAGUGCGCUAUGCAGUCGUAUCGGAACGAACAUAUUGCAAAUUGGUGGGAAUGCUGUCGAUGCAGCAAUAGCUACACAAUUCUGCCUGGGUGUGACUGGGAUGGAAUUAACGGGUCUUGGUGGCGGAGGAUUUGCCCUGGUCCGCGCAUCAAAUGGCUCGUUCGAUGCAAUUGACUUCCGAGAAUCUGCUCCUGCUCAGGCCUCCGAGGAUAUGUACCAGGAUAAUAUCGAGGCAUCGGUAUACGGAGGUCUAGCGGUGGGUGUACCUGGUGAGUUGCAGGGUCUGGAGUAUCUUCAUAGACAUUACGGCACACUCCCUUGGGAUCAGUUGAUACGUCCAGCUAGCAAAGUGGCCCGAGAAGGCUUCCGCGUUGGCAAGAGAUUGGUCAAGGCUAUGGACCGACUUGGUCCGGACAGCAUCCUCACAAAGGAUCCUCUAUGGAGUAUUGAUUUCGCCCCUAAUGGAACCAGACUCGGUCUCGGCGAUAUCAUGACAAGGAAACGCUACGGCCGCCUUCUGGAUACCAUUGCUCGAAAAGGACCCGAGGCUUUCUACACGGGGGAUAUCGCAGAUGCCACAAUCCGUGCAAUUCAAUCCAAGGGCGGGAUUAUGACCAUAGAUGAUCUCGCAGACUACCGUGUCCUACGACGGGCACCUGUGAUGACUGAUUACCGUGGCUAUCGGCUCGCGAGCUGUGGCUCUCCCGCUGGCGGAGCGGUGCUUCUUCAGAUCAUGAAUAUUGUUAACGGGUAUGCCGACAUUGGCCGAUUGGAUUCACUGAAUUUAAGUGUUCACCGGCUUGAUGAGGCUAUGCGUUUUGCUUUUGCUUCCCGCGCUUACCUCGGGGACCCGGAGUUCGUAGAGGGUAUGGCUGAUUAUGAGGCGCGCAUGCUGAAUCUCUAUGUUGCGGCCGAAAUUCGAAACCGGAUACUUGAUAAUUCAACCCAGCCCAUAUCCGCAUACAAUCCCGACGGAUUGGAGUCCUUAAUCACCCAUGGUACCUCACAUCUCUCAGUAAUUGACCAAAGUGGCAUGGCCGUAAGCUUGACGAGCACAAUAAACCUGAAUUUCGGAUCUCUCGUUAUGGUACCCGAAACAGGGCUGAUACUCAACAACGAAAUGAACGACUUCUCAGUCCCCAACACCACCAACGAAUACGGAUAUGUUCCCUCUCCAGAGAAUUUCAUUCGGCCCAGAAAGCGACCGCUGUCCUCGAUAACUCCCGUAAUCGUGGACUCCUUGAACGAUGAGACCAAAUCUCAGACAUCCUACUUCGUCACUGGGGGAGCUGGCGGGUCCAGAAUAAUCACGGCAACAGCCUUGAGUCUAUGGCGCGUCCUCGACCAGAAGAUGUCCUUGAUUGAAGCUCUUGAAGCUCCAAGGUGGCAUGAUCAGCUGAUCCCAAAUAGUAUGUACCUCGAACAAACUUUCUCCAAUGACACUGUAGCUGCUAUGCGGGACAGAGGUCAUGAUGUUAUCUGGGGUGAUGCUCUGUCGAAUGUUCAGGUCGUCAGGAGGAUGCCGAAUGGGACCUUGGAGGCUGCGGCCGAACCUAGACAGCCAGGUUCAGGAGGAUUUGCCGUUUAGAUGGUUGGUAUAUCCAUACUACAUCAAGUUUUAUCUAUUAUGAACCGUCUUGUUUAUUCUGCAAUAUCGUCUAUCUCAAAUAGCUGAGGAAAUCUGCUCAUUCAUACUAUUCAAGUGCGGCG